UUUGGCUGUAAUGGUUUUUUUUUGUGACAUUUAAUGUUGUAUUGACUUUUUUUGAGGCAUUGCAUGUUUUUGUUUCUGGGUUUUUUUGGGUGAGGUUUUUUAUGAAAUAUGGUUGUGGUUUCUUGUUCGAUCUGUGGGCGGGGAACCUUGUUGAAUAGCGUUGGUGAAUUUAGCUCUACGAACCCUAAUUUUGGUGUGAAAAGGGAUCUGGUUGAUUUUUUUGGUGGCGGUGGUGUAGUUUCAUUCUCUCUCUCUAACUUCUUUUGUUCCUUAUCAUCUCACUUUCUCGCUCUUUCUUCCCCCAUACAGAUUUUCCACCAGCCAACAGAAUACGCGAGAAAUUUUUCACAGUUUUGAGGCGCAAACACACUCUUCGUAGCUUCUUCUUAUUCAAUUCAAUACUUCAUCGGCGAAUAAGAGUGGAAGAAGAUGAUGAACCCAAACAUCGGCACCGAUGGUAAAGAACAGAAACUAAUCCAAACCAUAACAACAAUGCUAUUAACCAAUCACAAUAAUCCACAACAACCUAAUCUUCAACCUUUCAUCCCUCACUUCACUCUCCCAAUCAUAAUCUCAAUCCUUUCAUUCAAACCACUUCAUUCUCAUCCCAAAACCCUAAUUUCAUUCUUCAAAUGGUUCCAAUCAAACGCACCUUCAUCUCUCUCUCAUUCCCCUAAACCACUUCUCACUCUCCUCCCUCCACUCCUCUCUCGCCGUCAAUUUGCAGCCGCUAAAUCCCUCCUUCUUGAUUUCAUCACUUCCGAUCACCCUCGUCAUACUCUCCAUCACCAUCUCAUUCGUGCCGAUCAUUCUGUCCCGAAACCACUUCUUGAUACUUCAGUAUCUGCUUAUGUUCACUCUCAACAGCCUGAACUUGCUUAUCAGAUUUUCAACAAAAUGAAACGCCUUCAUUUUCGACCGAAUUUGCUUACUUGUAAUACUCUGCUCAAUGCUCUUGUUAGGUCUAAUUCUUCUCAUUCUGUUAAUUUAUCAAGACAGGUUUUUAAGGAUGCAGUUAAGCUUGGUGUUCAACCUAAUAUUAAUACUUUUAAUAUUUUGAUUUAUGGUUAUUGUUCUGAUAAUAAAUUUGAUGAAGCGUUUCGGUUGAUUGAUCAAAUGGGGGAAUAUGGUUGUUGUCCUGAUAAUGUUACUUAUAAUACUGUUUUGAAUGUUUUGUGUAAGAGAAGUCAGUUGAGUAAAGUUAGGGAUUUGUUGCAUCAAAUGAAGAGUAGUGGUCUUGUUCCUAAUAGGAAUACUUUUAAUAUUUUGGUUCAUGGGUAUUGUAAGAUGAAAUUGUUGAAAGAAGCUGCUGAGGUUAUUGAAUUGAUGACUGCGAGUGAUAUGUUACCUGAUGUUUGGACUUAUAAUACUAUGGUUAGAGGUUUGUGUGAUGAGGGUAAGAUUGAUGAGGCUGUUAAGCUUAGAAUUGAGAUGGAGAAUUUGGGAUUGGUUCCUGAUGUUGUUACUUAUAAUACUUUGAUUGAUGGGUGUUUUGAGCAUCGGGGUUGUGAUGCGGCAUUUAAGUUGGUAGAUGAAAUGAAGUUGAGGGGAGUCAAGGAGAAUGCUGUGACUCAUAAUAUAAUGAUUAAGUGGUAUUGUAAGGAAGGUAAGAUUAAUGAGGCGAGCAUUGCAAUGGUGAAGAUGGCGGAAAGUGGGUUUCCUCCGGAUUGUUUUACUUAUAACACGAUGAUUAAUGGUUAUUGUAAAGCUGGAAAAAUGGGAGAUGCUUUUAAGAUGAUGGAUGAGAUGGGAAGGAAGGGUUUGAAAACAGAUACUUUUACUCUUAACACCAUAUUGCACACUUUGUGCUUGGAGAAGAAGCUAGAUGAUGCAUACGAUCUGAUCCUAAAUGCAAGGAGGCGAGGUUAUAUUCUUGAUGAGGUAACUUACGGAACUCUAAUCAUGGGGUAUUUCAAGGAUGAACAAGCAGAUAGGGCAAUGAAGCUUUGGGGUGAGAUGAAGGAAAAAGGGAUUCUUCCCACUAUUGUCACUUAUAACACUGUAAUCAGAGGGCUGUGUCUGUCUGGGAAAACUGAUCAAGCUGUAGAUAAAUUGAACGAGCUUUUAGAGAAGGGUUUGGUCCCCGAUGAAGCUACUAGUAACAUAAUUAUUCAUGGUUACUGCUGGGAGGGAGUGGUAGAGAAAGCAUUUCAGUUCCAUAACAAAAUGGUAGAACACUCUUUGAAACCAGAUAUUUUCACAUGUAAUAUUCUUCUCCGAGGACUUUGCAGAGAGGGUAUGUUGGAGAAAGGUCUUACCCUAUUUAACGCAUGGGUCUCUAAAGGGAAGCCCCUUGACACUGUUACCUAUAACAUUAUAAUAUCCUCGUAUUGCAAAGAAGGCAGACUUGAUGAUGCUUUUGACCUUGCGACUGAAAUGGAGGGGAAAAAUUUAGAGCCUGACCGGUAUACCUACAAUGCUAUUGUGAGUGGGCUUAUUAAUGCUGGUAGAACCGAGGAAGCAGAGAAAUGGGUGUCGGAACUUGCAGAGAAAGGGAAAGAUGUGAAAACUCCAGACAUUUCUCCAGAGGUUGGUACAAGUGAUAUGAUGUACUCAGAGCAAAUAAGUAGUUUGUGUACUCAGAGGAAGUACAAAGAAGCAAUGAAACUGUUUCAACAGGCAGAGCAGAAAGGAGUCAGUUUAAGUAAAUAUACAUAUAUAAAGCUAAUGGAUGGACUUUUAAAGAGGCGAAAAAGCAUAUCAAAGGCUGCCAGAUAAGAUUGACUUAAUAAUUUUCUCGGUAUUUAUCUUUAGGUAAUUUGAGGGAUGCAAACAUACUAGUGGACGAGAUAAAGGCGCAAACUCAAACUGGUGAUGUUGACUUUCCAAAGACAGACUUGAUGCAGUUCAUCAAUUAUCUUUUGCAAACG